AUGUAUAUCCCCACGGUCCUUUUUUUUUUUUCUCCUUCGUUUUAUCUAAGUAUAUCCAAACCAUCGGAAGUACUUCGAGUUGAUACGAGUAAUCUCAGAGAAGCCACAGCGUUAAAUACAUCACAUCCGGUAUCCUCCUCCUAUCCUGUCAGCACCGCCCCAAUUACAAGCAAAUCAAAUCGAGAGAAGAAAUUCCACGAUGAAAAAAUAAAAAACAAUGAUGAUGAUAGCGGCGGUGAUGAUCUUCCUCCUCAUGAUGACAAAGUGGAUGAUGAGAAUAAUAAUAUUAAAAAGAAGAAGAAUAACAAUAAUAAAAAUACAAGCGAAGCGAACUUAAAGAGACGUCAUACACAACAAUCUACCGAGAUAAAACUACCUGAUGCGAUACCACCAGAGAAUCUUCGUCGCACCCAUUAUUUAAGUGUUGUUUCGGAGGCUCCUAAAUUACCCAACAAAGAAAAAAUAAAUCAAGCAAGUUGCUGGACCAUCAGUACGUGGAUACUCACAUGGUGGGCUCCUCCAUUUAUGUUACGUGCUUUUGGUCUUCGAGAUCGACAUAUGCAGCAAGCUUGGAGAGAAAAAGUAGCAUUAGUACAAGUGAUUAUAGCAUUAUGUGCAGCUGUAGGAUUUCUAACAUUUGGAUUUAAUGCAGCAGUAUGUGGACGACAACCCAAUCGGAUUCGAACCAACAAUGUAGCACCAGAUCAGAUCAUCAUUGCUGGACGAGCUUAUGAUUUGAAAACAUUUCGACAUCCUACUCCUUUUACUAAUAUUCCUGGAAGUGGUGAUUUACAAGAAAUGGGUAUUGGAGGCAAAGAUUUAUCUUUUUUAUUUCAAACAGUCAACCAUAAUUGCAAAGAUAUUUUAAUACCUGUUGAAGCCGAUGAUGACAAGGGGAAUGUGAUGAAUUAUUUUCCUUGUGUUCCUAUUGAUUUAAAAAAUCCUGCAGUGAAUGGUACAGAUAAUCCGGAACGUAAAGGUUGUCAUUUAAGCGUAAAAUCAAGACGAUCUCUUAGACGAUUGGAAGUUGUAGGUGAUGUUUAUUAUAAUUGGACUGAUAUCCAAAAACCUGGAACAAGUUUAGUAGCAUUCAGUGGAAAUGUACUCGAUCUUUCUCGUUUGAAUUAUUUAACACCCAAUAUACCAUUACCUCUACGUAUUGCUCAAAUAUUUGGUCCUGGUAGUGCUUUCAUUGGACGUGAUUCAACUUACUGGUUAAGUUCAACUGCUGACCGACUUAAACUUGGCAAAUGCUUGACAGAUAUUCUCAAAGUAGGUGUCUUGGAUUCUAAAUCAACUGGUUGUAUUAUCUCUGAUAUUGUUCUUUGGGUAUCUCUUGCUGUGAUUCUUGGUGUUGUCCUUAUUCGGUUCUUUUUGGCUUUGAUAUUUGGUUGGUGUAUCUCAUGGAAACUUGGAAGUAUACGUGAAGAAACUGCUGACGAACGACGAAAAAGACAGGAUGAAGUGCUCCAAUGGGAAAUGAACAAUGUAGAAGACAUGCAUUAUCCAAAGACAAAAAGUAUCACUUCAAUAGAUUUACCGCGUCCAGACGUAACACUAUUGACUGAUGAUGGACGACAUUCUCAAACAGACAACUGUGGAGGCUCAAUUUCGGUGGAAAUCAAUAGUACCAAUGGUAGCAACAUUAGUACCUCUAGUUUCAGUGCAACAAGGUCUUUACACUUUCAACAACAGUUACCACCACCACAACAAUAUACACCGAAAAACAAACGACGUUUCUUACCCACAACCUCUCGGUUCACACAACCUCAAUCUCCUGCUCAUGGAUCACGUAGCGCUGUAUUUGGAUCAUCUUUUAUCACACCAGAAAGUCCUCUUCGAACAUGUUUUACACCCUCUUCACCAGGUCAUGGACAGUAUUCUAUCGACUCACAGGCUCACAGCGUUGCACAUGAUACCAUCAGCAACCACCAUCAACAGCAACAACUGCAACAGGAUCGUUACAACUUCAAUUUUGAUCUGAUUCACACAUUUAUGGUAGUCACUUGUUAUUCUGAAGGGGAAGAAGGCUUGCGAACGACAUUGGAUUCUUUGGCCAACACGGAUUAUCCAGCCUCACACAAAAUGCUUUUGGUUAUAUGUGAUGGAAUUAUUACUGGUUCUGGAAAUGGAAUGUCGACUCCAGAUAUAGUACUCUCAAUGAUGAAAGAUGAUGUUAUGCCUAGAGAUCAAGUUAGACCUGCAUCUUAUGUAGCUAUUGCUGAUGGUAUAAAGCGACACAAUAUGGCUAAGGUAUAUGCCGGAUUUUACCGAUACAAUGAUGAUACAAGCAAAGGCGCAACUGUACCUCCUGAAGAACAGCAACAUGUACCUAUGGUGGCCAUUGUCAAAUGUGGUACCGAAGCGGAAUCCAAGGAAAAGAAACCGGGUAAUAGAGGCAAACGUGAUAGUCAAGUCAUUCUGAUGAAUGCUAUGCAAAAAGUGUACUAUGCGGAACGUAUGUGUAGUUUGGAAUAUCAAUUCUGCAAGGCAAUCCUUAAACUUACUGGUUAUCAUCCAUCUCGUUAUGAAACAUGUCUUAUGGUUGAUGCUGAUACAAAAGUAUACCCUGAUUCGUUGGCGCGAAUGAUUGCAUGUAUGGCAAGAGAUCCUUAUAUUAUGGGUUUAUGUGGGGAAACCAAGAUUGCAAAUAAGAGUGAUAGUUGGAUCACUGCCAUCCAAGUAUUUGAAUAUUAUAUCUCUCAUCAUAUGAGUAAAGCGUUUGAAUCCAUUUUCGGUGGUGUUACUUGUUUACCUGGUUGUUUUUGUAUGUAUCGAAUAAUCGCUCCAAAAGGUGAUAGAUAUGUACCUAUCUUCUGUUCCUCGGACAUUGUGGAAAUGUAUUGUGAAAAUAUAGUGGAUACACUGCACAAGAAGAAUCUGUUACUCCUUGGUGAAGAUAGAUAUUUGACAACUCUUAUGCUCCGGACUUUCCCAAAACGCAAGAUGAUCUUUGUUCCUCAGGCAGUCUGCAAAACCGUGGUACCUGAUACCUUUGGUGUAUUAUUAUCUCAGCGACGAAGAUGGAUCAAUUCCACGGUACACAACUUGCUUGAACUCGUACUUAUUCGCGAUCUGUGUGGUACAUUUUGCUUCUCGAUGCAGUUUGUCGUAUUUAUGGAAUUAGUGGGUACAGUUGUCUUACCUGCCGCUAUCUCGUUUACGAUUUAUUUGAUUGUCAUCUCCUUUUUUGUCACACCGGUGCCUAUCAUUCCACUGAUGCUUUUAGCUGCUAUCUUGGGAUUACCUGCCGUUUUGAUUGCUCUUACUACACGCAAAAUGGUAUAUGUCGGAUGGAUGUUGGUAUAUCUAUGCUCUCUACCAAUUUGGAAUUUCGUCUUACCGGCCUAUGCGUAUUGGCAUUUUGAUGAUUUCUCAUGGGGACAAACAAGACAAGUACAAGGUGGUGAAGAAAAACGAGAAGAUCAUGGAAGACGGGAAGGACAAUUUGACAGCACUGGUAUUAUCAUGCGUCGAUUUGAAGAUUGGGCCAAGCAAGAAAGGAAGGAAAUGGUUGAAAUGCGUGCAAAAUCUUCUACUUUGAUUCGUGGUUAUCCUUCGAUUUAUUAUGGACAUUAGUUUUAGUAUUAUCUUCUCCUUUUUUUUUUUUUUUUUGUGUGUGUGUG